AUGGAACAGGAAAAUAGAAUAAAUUUUAGUAUUUAAAACUUAAGCGAUGAUAUCUUAAUGGAUAUUUUUAGGUUUCUUACAAUUAAAGAUAUAGCAUUAAUUUAGUUGAUAAACAAAGAGUGGAAAAAGUGUACAGAAAAGCCAUUUUUGUGGCGUAGAAUUAAAUAUGAUUUUUAAGAACAUGAAAUUUAAGAUAAGAAACUAUAUAUUAGAUGGAUAAUAGAAAAAAUUAAUAUUUAUGAUGUAGAAUAGUUAAUCAUUAAUGAUCCCAACUGCCAUUUGACAUUUUAAGAUAUUUAUUAAAUCCUAACAAAAAACUUUAAUUCAUUGUAAGAUCUUGAGUUAUCUAUUUAUAAUCUUAACGAAUCAUAAGCAAACAUCAUUAGUCUUUUGAUUGUCAAGAAUUGUCCUAAUUUAAGAUCGUUUACAACUUAUGGCUGUUUCGCUAUGGAUUAGUUUAUAGAGCACUUUUAAUUACUUAAUAAACUAGAUUCUUUAUCUAUUAUGUGUAGUGAUAAUUCCUUCACAGGUAGGUAUUUGAAAACUUUGCCUCCUUUAAAAAAAUUAUUUUUAAGACCAUACCUGAUAGAGUAUAGUAAUAUAUUAGAAGUCAUUAGAAAAGGGAAAAAUACAUUAGAAGAAUUAGCUAUCGACACUGAGUAGAUGGAUGAUGAUUAGAUUAUCAAAUUGUUUAAUGAGUUAAACAAAACUAAAAUUUAGUCGCUAUUACUCAAUUACUGUGAGUAUUUUUAAGAUGAAGUCUUUAAUUAUUUGAGAUAAUUCACUCAAUUAAAAAGAUUAAAGUUUUAUAAAGCCAACGAAGUAACCUAAGAAGGUUAUUUUAAUUGCUUCCAAAAUUUUGCAAGCACAUCAUUGAUCCACUUGAAUUUGAAAGAAUGUAAUGAGUUAGAUGAUGAAGGCUUGAUAAGCAUUUUGUCUAAAAGUACUCAGUUAGAAUGUUUAAAAUUGGCUUGGCAGAAAAAUGUUACUUCAGAAUCAAUCAGAUACCUUUUUUCUAAUUGCUUUAACCUAUAAACUUGCGUCUUGAUAGGAAUUAAAUCAUUAGAUGCUAGAGGAUUUCCAGCUAUUCAAGAACUAUAAUAAUACUUUGAAGUUUAAAAAUAUGGCGAAUUAAAAAGAAAUAAUUAAUAUCAAGACGAUUACAAUAAUGAUUGCAUAAAUAACCGAGCAUAUACUUCUAUUGACAUCUAAAAUUAUUUCUCAAAACCAAUAGGCAAAACCUCUAUCAUAAAAUAUUAUCAAAAGCUAAGAUUUAUAGAUUGUACCAAGUCUGACAUGGUUCCAGAUUAAAUAUUAUAGAUUUUACAUUUAUUUAAACCAUAUCUGGUAGCUCGUAAUUAUUAUAGUGAAGAAAUGUGA